AUGCGCGAAAUACUGAAUGUGCUGUACUGCCAUGGACUUGGUUCGUCGAUCAACAACAGAAUAGGAACUGGCCUUGUGCAGUAUUUUCGUAAUACACCACAUUAUUUCGAAAGACUACUUUAUCGUAAUCCCGGAUCUCCGACUGUCUUGUGGAAUGUUUCCGAAUGGCGUGAGGAUAUCGAAAGACACGGCGGUGAGUGGGUGGUGAUUGCAAGCAGUGCAGGUUGUCAUGCAGCUCUCAAUGCGGCCAAAAAUCGUCCGCAAAACAUCAGAGGCCUGUUCCUCUUCUGUCCGGGUGUCUCAUUAUCGUUCAACUAUGUGGACGCGUUUUUCCCGGGAGGAAAAAGUCUCAUCCAUCCGGCAUCGCGUGGAGGACAUGAGGCUUUGAUUAAUCGAGAAAAUCUUCAACAUUACUUAGAUACAUGUGUUACCAAAACUGAAGGAGCGAUUGAUAUACGGUGCCCAGUGAGCAUUGUACAUGGAACACGCGACGAGCUAGUACCGUAUGAAAACUCGAUCGCCCUCUCAAAACGCUUGCUAUCAUCUGAUGUUGAUCUUACACUGAUUCCGGAUGGCUCUCAUUUCCUUUCAGUGGAUAAUGUUGUCACAGAGAAGUUGGACUCAUUCCUCACAACGGUGCUACGAUACAAAUACAAUUCCAAACGGCGGUCUUCCGCAAAAUUG